CUGAACUCCGCCCCCUAAUUAAAUCCGGCCGCGGCCGCCACCGUCUCCGCAGCCGCCGUGAUGGCGUGACCUUCGCCUGGCGUCAAUCAAGUUCCGUGACGACGACCGACCGCUGCUGCGGGCCAAGGUGCCGGUCGGCGUGCUGGGGCUGCCCUUCCUCUCGGGCCUCGCGGCUGGGGGCGACGCCAAGGACCUCCGCUUCGACCUCUCCACGGCGUUCCCCUCCGGCCCAGCGCUCCGCCUCUCGUACCGCCCCAACGACCCGCUCCAGCCCUUCGCGCUCUCCGUCCGCACGGGGCUGGGCCCGCUGGGCUCCCCGGCGCGCGCGCCCUUCGCGCUCGCCGCCGAGUUCAACCUCCUCUCCUCCAACGCGCCAGCCUUCUCGCUCCUCUUCAAGCCCCGGAUCGGGGACUUCGGCCUCGCCAGCUCCGUCCGCUCCCCGCCGUCGCCGCCGCCCGCGCCGGCCCAGGCGCCGCUGGCGAUCAAGAUGGCCGACCUCACCACCAAUGGCGACGACCACGACCGCGACGCGCACGCGCAAGCGAACGGGUUCUCCUUCGCCGGGAACGGGUUCGCGGCGAACGUCGCGGCCGCCGCGGGGAGGGGCGGUGGCGGGGUGGGCGCGCUGCUGUCCGGGAUGCAGCUCACCACCAGGAGCGUCCUGCCGCUGUGGAGCAAGGCGAGCCUGCGGUUCCAUUGGGGGCUGCGUGUGCCGCCGGAGCUCAAAGCUGCACUCGCCGACGAUGGCUACGGGCGCAAGGCCGGUAGCCUUGCCAUCAGCAAGCUGCCGCUGCUGGUGAUGAACAAGAUCACCAUUGAGCAUACGCCCAAGGCGUCGUCACAGUCUGAAACAGACAAGAAGAGGAAGAAAGACGCCCCUCCAGCAGGCGAGGGAGAGGAAUUCUCAUUGAUGAAGCGGCAGCUGGAGGCGCUGAGCACCGAGAGCACAUUACUGCAGCGUGCGGUAGCGGACCUGCGUGCUGAGCUUGGGGCUGGCAAAGGCGAGGGUCGCAGGCUGCCAGCAGCACUGCCUGCUCCGCAACAGCCAUUCGUGUCGAAACCAGAUCGCCAUUACCAUAGCAGUGGGAAGGAACUGGUGGACAGUGGACUGAAACCGGCCUCGGAUGAAGCAAGCGAGGAGUUGAAGAAGGCGCUUGAGGCCCGCCGGAAGUGAGGAACUAUGCUAGGGUUUGCUGACAUUGCAAUCUCUGCAAUUUGACAUGGUUGCUGUCUGCCGUGUUAAGUUUUGUGCUUAAUAAUAGACCGGGAAGGGCAGUUCACAUCCCUAGCUGGAAGCAAGUGAGGUUCCCAUAGGUGAUGUCAUGGCUUUGCCUCAAUCUUACAAUUUUAUUACAUUUGAUUGUGUUAGGAUGUCUUGUUCUGUAUAAAUUCGUGUUUUUCAAUUCUGAAUGAAUGGAUGAUUAGCUUUUGCAA